AUGGAUUCCGACGUAAUUAAGGCUUUUAAUAAAUUGCUUGUCUCAAUGCAAGAAUGUAAAGGAGGUAUUGUUAGCAAACAAAAAGUUGUUGAUAUUACAAAAGCUGCAAUGAAUGCUGUCAGAUAUUUUAAACAUGUUGUUUUUAUUGUUGAACGAUAUUUGGUUAAGGUAAAAGAAAAAAAUUUUUUGGGGGCAUUUUUUAGAAGAGUUGGCGUUUCUGCUAGUUUAUUAAUUAGACUAGUUAAAACUGAGUCUGUUAACGCUAUAAGAUUUUUAGUUGUUAAGUGUUCUUUGUUUGAUAAAAAUCGAGAUCACUAA